AUGUUGUUAACUAUACUAACCGUGUUUAUUGCCAUAAACACUGAGGCAUUUCUAUUUGGAUCACCUAGUGCCGAACAAUUUAGCACCAAGUUCAAUCUGUUUACCCGUCGCAAUCCGCAAAAUGCGCAAGUAAGCUCGCAACCCGAGGGCACCGGUAGCCUGGCCAAUUUCAACAACACCCUGGUCACCAAGUUCAUUAUACACGGUUAUGGUGUGGCGCCGGCCGGUGCCAUGUCAUUGGAAACCAUGAAGGACGAGUUUUUGAAUGCCGGCGACUAUAAUGUGUUUAUUGUCGACUGGAGUGCAGGCAAUCAUUUAUUGUCAUAUGAGCAGACUAAAGCUAACAUAAAGUCGACAGUACCACGAGCGAUCAUAAAGUUAAUUUCCGAAUUACAGAGUAAAUCAGGGUUAGAUCUAAACAAGGUUCACAUUGUGGGCCAUUCAUUGGGCGCACACAUCGCCGGUUUCACCGGCAAAGCUUUCAAUAGCAAGAUUGGGCGCAUUACUGGUUUGGACCCAGCAAGUCUCGGUUUUGAUGGUCAACCUUCAACAGAUAAACUAGCACCAUCAGAUGCUCAAUUUGUCGAUGCCAUACACACUGAUGCCGUACCGGUGAUAGGGCUGGGUAUACAUGAAAACUCCGGGCACAUUGACUUUUACCCCAAUGGCGGAACCACACACCAACCUGGUUGCAUUAUCAACAGAGUCACCUCGGGUUGGGUUUGCGAGAUAAUGAUCAACGAAGAAGUGCAUUGGACUGAUUAUACUUUCAAAAAACGGAUAGAAAGCGCCCGUGGUCAAAUAAUAUUUUUUGCCAACAGUGAUGCUCUCGUAAGGCUUGGCCAGUAUUGCCUGUUCACCGAAUAUAACAGUGCCUCCAUUAGCGCCGGCACUAUCAUCGCAAUCACCGGACAGUCCGAGCACUGGGUGGCCACACCCUUAGGGUUAUUAGGGUUGAUGCUAGCCGUGUAA